AUGUCUUCACCUUGGAAGACUCCACAGAGUUCAGUACCAAUGCCGGAGAUGAUAGUGAAAAUUAUUGGAAGUAAACACUUUCGUUACUUCGUAGAAAAGCCAAUGAUUAAGCAGAAUGAGAAAAUAGAACCUCGAACCUCACUUCAGAAACCCGGGACUGAAAACUCAAGACAGGUGAGCAGAGACAUGACAGGACCCACUGACUCUUCUGAGCAACAAAUAACUGCUAACCCAGCUGAGAAGAAAGAAAGUAAUCAAAAGUUCUUAACCAGAGUCCAGAGUGACAGAUUCCUGGAUGGCAGGAUUUCUCAUGAGGCAAAUGUCCACUGCAGCUCUGCACCAACAGGAGACCAAUCUCUAUCUUAUAUACAUUGUCUCCCCAGAAAAAAGUCUAUAAACUGGUGCUUGGAACAUACGGCAAAGGACUGCACUGGCCAAGCCAAGGAAAUUGUCCAAAGGCCAAGUAUAAUGACAAAAGAAGACUCUUUUCUAACCACAUUGAUCAGAAGAGAACUCAACUCACACCCAUUGAGCUCCAAUUUGUUGGACAAGCUUCAGAAAGAGCUGAAGACUCUGGACCCCAUCUCUUCAGCCUUUCUCCACCACUCACAGCUGAGCCGCCUCUUCCUAAGGCAUAAAGUCCCUCUGUCAUUACCAACAGUCAAGCUCCUCUGCCAAAGAUUUUCUAGAAGGUGUUCUCCGGAAAUGGUGAAUUGUGGAGAGCUACUCUGUUUUUUGAAAGAAGCAACUAAAGAUAAUUUACAGCAACAUGGAACAGCUACACAUAGUAACCCAAGAAAACCUCCAGGUCCAAGCUACCAUAAACAAAGCAUACCACCUCAAGAUUCCAGCCUACUCUCUGAAGUUAACAAGAGUCUGCUGGAGAUUUUGAAGAUGGCACUAAGAACAUGCCAAGGCAAAUUCAACAUAGACUGCCUCAACCUGAGCUUUCGAAAAGAAGAUAGAUCAUUCUCUGGCUGCCUGCCCCUGCCUAAGGUCAUGUCUAUAUGUAGCAAGCAUGGACUGUAUGUAACCAUGACCCUGCUGGAAACAUUGCUCCACCACCAGGAGUUGGGUUACCGAGGUGAAAUAAAGUGGAAGAAUUUUGUUAAGUGGCUGAACAUGGCUUCUUCUGAUUUGCUGUAUGAUAUGCCAGCAGGGAAGAAUAAAAAGGAAACCCGAGAGGACUUGGUUAAUGUCCCUGAAAUACCCCAAAGGAAAACUGAACAUGUGAAAACUCCAGAAGAGAAUAUGCAGCCAAAAAACCCUACCACUAUGACUUCAGCACCAGAAGACCCUGUGACCUCCUUUAAGAACAGGCCGGUCUCCCAGCCUGUUGAGCAUCUGGCCAGGAUGAAGGAUAAACAAUCUGAGUUAUGGAUAGACAGGUUCAGAAAGCUGGAAAAUGCCCUUUACCUGAGUGACAUGAACAACACAGGAGUGCUGGAGCAGGAGCGAGCCAGGCGCCUCAUUCACAACUACAACCUCAUUUACAACUUGGCCCUGAGUCCCCGGAGAAUCAACCAGGCCUUGCAAAGAUACCGGUCUGGAGAAAACAUAAUCUUGGAACCAGCACUUCAGUACUUAAAGGAGCUGUGA